AGACGGGUCGUUUGGAGCAAGAUUACCAACAUGUAUUUAGCAAUCAAUCCAUGUUUUGAGAACACGACAUUCGUUGAUUCCCGAAAUUUAUUUCCCAAGGGAUCGGAGGGUAUCAUUUGCUUGAGUCGAAAUCCCUGAUUGUUGCUUUUAUGUUGCUGUGAUGAGGAAAGAGCGGUAUAACUACGCAAUACAAGAACGAAAAUACAGACAGCGCCGCCAAGUUAUGAGAAUUGCUUAAUUAUGUUCAGUGAGUUAUUGCCAAGAAGGUAACAUUCCUCAUAGGUGUGGGAUUCGGAAUCGCGGUCUUUCUUCUCGUCAUGCCUUUGUUCGGAAAUAUGAAACUGCUCUUUUCAUAUUUUGUGCUCUUGAUAUAUCUUACAGCGUCGAGCUCAGACGCGACAUCGCUUUUCGAUGACAGGCACGAGAAACGGCUGGUCGCCAACUUACUGGCGAGCUAUGGUCCUACCUCGGUGAGACCGGUCAAGAACUCGUCCACUCAAUCAAUUGUCUACUUCAGGCUUCUACCUAAGGAGCUCAUUGGAUUCGAUGAAGCUAAACAACAGAUAACCGUACUCCACUUUAUGAGAAUGAUGUGGAUUGAUGAGAAUCUAACGUGGGAUCCUAAUGAGUACGGAGGAGUAAAUAUUACAACUGUCAAACCAAGUGACGUCUGGCUGCCGGAUAUUUCACUCUAUGAAAACGCUCAGAAGGAAUUCAUCAACUUUCAAGAAACAUUCAUUAUGGUGUCUCCCAAUGGCGAGAUGGAUUGGUACUUUCCUGCAACUGUGACGUCACUGUGUAAAGUAGACAUUACAUACUUUCCUUACGAUGUUCAAAGGUGUAACGUCACGUUCGGCCCCUGGUCGUAUAUGAAAUACAUGGUUGACUUUCGGCUCUCUCGGCAUUCCGAUACCACAAUGGACCUCUUCCAUCAGAACGCUGUCUGGGUCUUACAACACUCUGUAGGCCAAAACCUUUACAUGGAACUGUGCUGUGAUGAUCGUACCUGGAGCGCCAUAACUUACCAGAUUACCAUUCGACGAAUGUCUCUGUUCUACACUAAGACGGUGGUGGUGCCUGCCUUGCUCUUCACCAUGCUCAUGACCAUUGUCUGUUGGCUUCAUCCAGCUUCCGGUGAGAAGGUGACCUUGGCUGUCAGUAACCUUCUGGCUUUAAUCCUCUUCCAGCAGCUCGUAGCCGAUAGGAUGCCACCGAGCGGGGAAACUACGUCAAUUCUUGUGGAUUUCUUCAUCUCCAUGAUAGCUAUGUGUUGUGUGGAGGUCUUUUGCGCCAUCGCGGUUCUGCGUAUCUACCACAUGGGUGGACAGACCGAGCUUCCACAUAUCCUUAGACGAUUGAUGCUAUAUGGAACCGUUCUUUCCCUCUACAAUGGAAAGAGAACCAAGGAGAUCUUGAAAACACAACAGGCAAAUCAUGAAAGACGCCGAAGAACUCAACGAAGCCACAUUACAUCCGGGGAAACUCCGCAGACCUGUAUAGAUCACCACUCGGCAGGCACAUCAAGAGUAGAAAUUCGAGAAGACGACCCGCCAUAUACGACAGUCAAUCCGCUACUCCAUGCAAACAAUGUGAACCCCAAUAUCCGUGACACCAGUCCAGAUCACAUGCAAUGUGACCCGGAAAUGAUUGCAGAAAUUUGGCGCGAAACUGCAAUCGUCAUAGAUAAACUGAUGUUCUAUUCGUUGUUUUUAAUUACAGUCGCAUACUGUGUGUACAUCAUCAUAUCAUUUCUGUGUCAAUUCUAAGCACAGUUUUCUUUAUGUAAUUUCUAACUACUUCCAAAUUACUCUAAGUUUGCUAAAUCAUUCGCGAGGUUAUAUUACGGAAUACUCCGCAUAUUUCAUAAAAAUUGUGACGUUUGAAAGUCAUGAUGAACAAGCUAUUGAUUGAUAAAGAUCCAAUUUAAAAUUGCCUCGCAUUGGGUGAUUUCAAGUCCGGUGUUGGUAGUGUUGGUGUUGGAAGCACAAUUCGGAUUGCUUCCCCUAGCUCCAAAACCUGUUCUGAGUUUUUAAAACUGAUCAAAAUCACAAUAUUCACAUCUCAACAACUAGUAAGUGACUUUUCAGGACCAUCUCCAUUUUAUGUUUGGUGUUAUACUCGAGUAAAAAUUGACCUAACACCAGCACCAAAAGGUCAACACUGAGCUUGAAAUCACCCAGAGUCAUAAUUCCAUGGAUGCAUUUCUAAGACAUCACAUGACAUCCUGCUCAUGUAAUCUUAAUAGAGAGUUUUCGCACCUUGCCGCAAAACGAAUUCGAGAAUAAAAUAAGCGUAUUUUGAAAAUACCAAUUAAGUGUUAAGGGACCGCUGGGAGAUCGGUGUGGAAGUUUGUUGAACCGGAACAUCAGUUUCGUCCUAAGUUCCGGACCUACCCAGGGUCCAGAAAGAAAUUGCUGCUUUGAUGCACCAAUUUUCGACAAAGACUUCUUGGUUGUUCUUUGUCAUGAAGAGCACACGACUAUAUAAUAUGUACUUGAAAGCGUUCUGCGGCGCGAAAACUCUCUAUUUAUCCUUCAAUCUUCACAACAUGGUAUGGAUCGUAUAUAUACAGGAACGGGAGACAUCUGGCGCUGAACAGCGGCUGCCGGGCCCACGAUCAACUGGGCAAAGCAAAUUUUCGGAGUAAUUCAUUUCAUGUCUAUUUCGAACAAUAAAAUGUUGAUUUUCAUGUUCAUCUUUUUCGUAAAAUUACUUGAAACUGUUACAUGCUUCGCUAUAUAUAAAUUCCACUUGUUAAUCGAAUGACUAUAUUCAACCCUGGAGGCAACACUAUAUCCUAUUCUAAACCUACUAUUGCAACCACAACCCUACAUCUUAGACAAAAUAAAGCCCAGUGCAAUUGCCACAGGUGCAAUGUUGUGUCGCCGGCGUAAAGGGAUCGUUUCACUUUGUGACCAGCUGAUUUUUAAAAGAAAUCUCAAACUGAGAUGAAAAAUGUGUAUGAGUGCCGGCCUGUGUUUGUCCUCAAAAAAACAAGAAACAGGCCACAAUAUAGGAUGAAAAACUCUUAUUUAGAUAAUAGCACUAAAAAUACAGAGCAAAAUGCUGAAGAUUUCAUCAAAUUUGGAUAACUGUCAUAACUGUUUCAUUUUAUACAUGUGUGCAUAAUAUGUGUCAUUUAUAAUGGAAAAAGUUGCAACAAUGAAUAUAUAAUGCCCUAAAUCAGUUGUCAAUCCAAUGUUUUCAGUUCUUGGUAGAAAAAAUUGAAUAAACCUAAUUUCAAAUAAUAGAAUAAAGAAGAACAAAUGGGGACAUGACAUCAUUAAGUUGCUCAUGAAAUAUUUAUGAAGACAGGCCUAUAACUGUUUUACCGGAGUAAUUCAAAUCUUUAGAAUGCCAUAACUUUCUUAUUCCUAGUCCGAUUUUGAUCAGAUUUUCAGCGAUUUGUUUGUCUGAUAUGUUUAUAUAUGUUUAAAUCAUUUUAUUGUCAGCCCGGAGCAUCCCCUUAAGUCUAUUAAGAUUUUUACUGUUAUUAGAACUAUCUUUAUGAAUUGUAAAUAUUAUUAUUUGAAAUUAAUGUGGUAAGUUGGACUCAAUAAAAUAAAUUUAUCACCUA